AUUCACUCCUUGUAUCCGUUGUCAUUUCUGUGGAAAUAAAUAGGAGGCAUUUCUUUCAGAGCAAUGUACGUACCUCAAUGAGCCACCAUCCUAAUAAUGCAGUAAUACUAAUAAUAGGAACAGAAAAACAGACUCUCAGAAUAUCUGUUGUGGGGAUGGAACAACAAAACCAACGCUGCAGUCAGCUGCAGUUAUUCCAUGGGAAGGAACUGAUGCCAGCAGAAAAGUCACGACCACUUCCAACAUUCAAACCACAGCAGCAUUUCAGAGCACGCAGCCUUGGAAUAAACCCCAAGGAUAAACCAAACUGCAUCUCUGUUCCAGCCAUUUUUUCUUCAAUAUACACGCAUAGACCGGGAGGCACUAAUCCUGCAAAUUCAUUGUACCACUGUGUGGUAUGGUAAGAAGAAAAGCAGGAUGUUUGAGACUUUGUCAGGCACAGAACCUCCAGCACUGGGGUGAGCAGUUCUGAAUUCUGGUAUCUGGUCGUAAUUUGCGUGCAUGCACAAGAAGCAGUGCAACUCACAAGAGCAACCAAAUGCAUUCAAGGCAUACCUACAAAAGACUCUGAGGUAGAAAGCUGCUCACUGAGGCGAAGAUCAGAAAUGAGGCAGGGGAAGCCUGACAGAUUGAGAGCGAUUAAGUGUCUGAAUAAAGAAAGGAACAGAAGGAACAGACAUUGCUGGAAUCUAUCAGACACCAAUCUUCAUUUGAAAAACAUCCUGUACAUAUAGAACAAAAAGCAACACAGGAUCAACUGUUAUACUAUUUAUUUAUUAUUUAUUCUAACUAUUUAUCCCACUAUCUCAGUGAUGAUUGCUAUUAUACAAACUCUGUGUAUUUUUAAUACUGCUGUUUAAAAAAAAAAAACCACAAAUUCCUCCUUCAGUGUGUAAUCAAAUUCAAAUUCAUUUAUGAGUUUAGGUAGGAAAAAAGACUUCUGGUCUCGGUAACACAGCUACAAAAGCACUGUACAGGAUACUCACAGAUACAGCAUCAACCAAAGCUGCCUCUCUGUAACAGCACAUUUCCUUUGUCUAUUCCACUUCUGUUGAUGCACAUUACCACAGCUUUGAUGACAGUAAGGUUUCCUGGGCCAUCUGUCAGAGCUGCAGAGCUUCCACCUCCUUUAAGCGUCCGUCCAGGACGUGGAGGAAGAUGGGGUACCACAAACCAGAUAGGCUUACUCCUCAGCCAGCUCCUAAUGCUCCAGCAACUGACAGGAACUGCAGGACCAUGGGGUACCAGCACCCAGACUACCACCUUACUUAGCCAGCCCUCCAUGAUGCAGCAAAUGGGAGCAGCUGUAGGAGGAUGGGGUGCUGCCACCCUGAGAAACAGAUACAUUAUGCGGGCAGCCAUGUUCAAGUACAAGAGAGGAGCCAUGUUUGAAUACAAGAGAGAAGCUGUGUUCAAGUACAAGAGACAAGCUGUAGGAGGAUGGGGAGACAUUAGUCAGACAAACCUUAGAAACCUUAGCCAGCUACCUGUGAUCCAGCACAUGGAAGGAGCUGUAGACGGAUCGGGUGAUGCUACCCAGGGAAACACAGAUCUUAACCAGCCACCCGUGAUCCAGCACACGGGAGGCGAUGGAGGAAGACGUGUUCCCCGGAGAACCAUCAACCUUCUCCAGCGAGUCGUGCUCCUGCGCAGAGGAGAAGUUCCAGAAGGACGGGGCGCUCCUGCAGCCGUUGUGCAGCCUCCUGUGCUUACAAAGAGCUCCUCGGGUGGCAGCCGCGAUGGAGGAGGACGCUCUGGUGCCUCCAUGGUUGGAGCAGCAGGCAAGAAAGGUGCGGUGUCCUCGCAGAAAGAGAGCUCUGCGUUAAGCAGUGCAGACCCAGGUGAUGGCCAUCGAGAUGAGCAGCAGAGACUUCUUGACUGGACAGCAGAAGGCAUAGCAGCCUGGGAAUCUUCUGGACAGUGGAUGCUUUCGUGUUACUCACAGGAGAAGGGCAAGCCUAAUGUUUCAGGCUUUCCAGAGAUCUCCUCUGAGGAGCUGCGCCUGGCCUAUUAUAACUGCAGUGCAAAGGAGAGCACAGGAUACUAUAUAAAUGCUGUCAAUCUGUAUACGCAACAAUGGAGAAACAGGCUGCAGGAGCUGAAGGCUUUAAAUGCCUGGAGAACAGCAUCAACGCUACUUUGGAGAGAGAAAGUGGUCACUCCACCAUUACCUUCUCUUGGACUGGGAGGACGGCAAGCCCCAAGCACUGAGUUCCCAAGCAAGUUUCUGCAUAAGGAACCAGCGAUUAAACAGGCGUUGAUCAGCGUUCUUCUGCAGCACUGAAAUGCAGCAUUGUUUCAUUAUGGCAGGUGCUCACAUCCUGAGCCUUCCUAUCCACUUCCUCACUGCAGACUCUCCAGCCAACAGCAGCAGCGGUGCUGUCCGCUUGUCCUUGCAAAUCCCAGCGUCUCAUCUGGAAGCGCUCCAGCUGUGGGGAGCUCUGCUGCUGCCUCCAGUCCUCCUGCCCUCGGGGCGACGUCCUUC